AACAACAAAAGAGCCACGAACAUGCACUCACACAACGCAUUUUUUUCGUUAACGAGAUGAACCAGUCAUUAUUAUGAACAAAGCAGCGCGUUUCCGUUUAAGAUACUUAUUGUGAUUACUAUGACGCAGAAAAAAAAACUAAAAUAUUACCGAGUCCUCGCGUGAUUUUACGUUUCCCGGAAGUUAGAGUGGCAUGAGAGAAAGCGCUGUCCGAGGUGCUGGCACUGUUCAGUACACUUACCCUGCUUCAGGCUGCCUACCUGUGUAUUACAUAUGCAUUUCUGUUUCAUCUCUAUGUUAGAAUUUACAAAAAAUAAAACGUAACUAAGAAUAUAUUGUCAGAAUCUGGGAAGAUGGAUGAACUUCAAGAGUCACUCCUCUCUACAACCAACACCAGCAACCUCAGCAGCAGCACGAGCAGCAGCCCUCCGAGUGGUAAUUCGUGCAGUGCUCCGCAAUGCAAUGGGGUCCCGGAGAGCCGGACCCUGCUGCGGAUGUCUGAGUCACACGGACUCCAGCUGCUGGGUGUGCUCAGAUCUUUCAGGGAGCGGGGCUUGAUGUUUGACUUUACCAUUAAGGUCCAGGAACAAAGUUUUCCCUGUCAUCGCUGCGUCCUUGCUGCAUGCAGUGAUUUCUUCAGGGCCAUGUUUGAGGUGGAUAUGCGAGAGAAGGAUGAUGGUUCAGUGACUCUGGGUAACCAGUGUUCGAUGGCGGUCAGUUCUUUCCUCGACUUUGCCUAUUCGGGAGAAAUGCUCAUCACUGAAGGCAAUGUAGACUUGCUGUUUCAGCUUGCCUCUUUUCUACAGGUGUCAGUCCUGUUCCGAGCGUGCAGCAACUUCCUAAUAGCAACCAUGGACCUUAGUAACUGUCUGUCCCUCUUCUCCCUUGCUGAGGCCUAUGGCUCAGCUUCCCUCCUCCAAAGUGCCACCGAGUUUGUUGUUCAGAACUUCUGCAGCCUCUCCAAAACACAGGACUAUCUGGAAAUGCAGGUGGAUGUGCUGGAAACAUGCCUGAGGUCAGAUGCUUUAAAUGUGCCCAGAGAAGAGGUUGUGGUGGAGUCACUUCUUCGAUGGGUAUGCCAUGAUCUCCCGGGAAGACAAAAACUGUUACCGGGCUUGUUGUCUUUAACCAGACUACAUCAUCUACCUGCAUCUGCCUUAAAGACCCUGCAUGACUCAGACCCUCUCCUCUGUGACAACCAGUCCUGUCUGGCCCUGCUCUCAGAGGCUAAGAGCAAACAGGACCAGUACAGUGGCCUGCUCACUGAUGCCCGGCCAGCUACCACGCAGAGCUACAUCUACAUCCACAAGACAGAGGAGAACGGAGAGAUCCACCACACAUUCUGCUACUGUCUGGAGACAGACCAGUGGAAAGAGCUGGGGGCAAGGCAUGGAGAGGGCAUAGCCACGAUACCAGACCCACCAGGAUCCUACCUUACCAGUUAUGCUGAAAAGAUGUUUGUGACAGGUGGUUGCAAAGGAAACUGCUGUCGGGCAAUACGUCUCCAUGUGGCUGAACUGUUCCAUGAUGCUACAGACGAGGUUUGGUGCUUCUGUCCUGUGACCCUCACCUGCACACCUGCACCUGCCAUGCUAAAGCCCAGAACCACACACACUGCAGUCACCUGUCUGGACCGGAUGUACGUCAUAGGAGGGCGAACUACAGGAUCCAGAGGGGGAGCACCCAGUCUUCUCGAGGUGGAGUAUUAUAAUCCUCUGACCCAGACCUGGACCUCAGUCAGCCCACUGCCCACUGCUAUCUUCUACCCUGAGGCCAGUGCUUGUGGCAGUGUUAUCUACACUCUGGGAUCAGAGGUGGAGCUCACAGACUCCUUUAACCCCUCACUGGACUGUUUCUUCUCCUAUGAUGCCCAGAAGGACCAGUGGAGCCGCCUGGUGGCAGAGUUUGGCCAGUUCUUCCAUGCUACACUGGUCAAGUCUGUGUCAAUAAAUAACACUCUACAUCUGUGUGACCUGUCCACUUAUAAGGUGUACAGUUUCUGUCCAGAGACAUGUGUGUGGAAGGGGGAAGGCUCAUUCGAGUGUGCUGGGUUCAAUGCUGGAGCAGUGGGUAUGAGAGACAAAAUCUACAUCCUGGGUGGAGAUUAUUCACCUGAUGAGAUCACUGAUGAAGUUCAGGUGUACCACAGCAGCAGGAGUCAAUGGGAGGAGGUGGCUCCGAUGCCCCGAGCACUCACCGAGUUCCACUGUCAGCUCAUCAGCUUCAACAGAUACAGAGACCCCUGGAGUGACACAGCGGACACACACACAUGAGCACGUCGGAGUGCGUGCGUUACAUGUAUAGCCCACCUUCAAUGCACCCCUGAGUCUCCAGUGUGCACGGCAGACAGCUGGCUGAGCUUGCAUCUUCAGAGAGACUAACAAUAUUUCACUUCACAUCUCACAGGUCAUCACGACACAAGUGCAGCCAAGCCAAAACAAAUGAUUUUAUUUUUUUAUUCCUAGAGCAGAACCUUAACUUUGUAUGCGUGUCAAUCAAAAAGUGGUCCCUCCCAUGGAGGAAAACCUAUUCAGCAAUAUACUUUAAUAGAAUCACACUUUAAGUAACUCUGUUUUCCUGCCUAGUGAAAAUUCACCCAAUAGCUGUAAAUGUAUCAACUCUCAAGAGCACUUUGUUAUGUUUACUUUCUAAGUCACAAGAGUCUCCAUUUAAGAUAAACACAUACAGUUUAAAGUGCAACUAAAAAUAAACAUUAUUAGUGAGUCUUCCCUGUGGUAUGUGGUUCUCUGAUAAAUAACUUCAGUGGGGCUUAUCCAUAUUGUUUGAUCCUGAUAUUUCUUUCUAGAUAUUAUAUGGUUAUAAAAACUCCUGAUAAUGGCUAUUGGCUAAUAACGAUAGUGCAACUACCAGGAUGAAUGUACUUGAUCAUUGCUUGUCUUUAUUCUGCUUCAGCAUGUCAUGUAUCCAUGCAUUCCCAAUUCCUCUUCUCGACUGAUAGGAUACAUGACCCAAGUAUCUUCGAUAAUCGCUUGUUUGAGUGAAAUUUGCAACUGUUUCUGCCUGUCACAGAGACCACUCACUAGCUGCUGCAAA